AUGUCUAUGACCCAUCCAGCACUGUCGCGCACAUCGAGCUCACUGUUUCGGACACAUCUUUUCGGACACAUCUCUUACGAUCGCUACGCUCAAAAUAACAAGUCAACGUUGUCUUGUGACAAUGCAGUCCUUGUACUAGCCGAUGGAUCCACCUUCAAAGGUAUCAGAGGGAACGAGCGUAGCAGGCGAAUACGUUUUUCAGGCCGUUCAAGUCUUAUCUUACCAAAAGUUCAGAAAGCUGUAGCGACUUGGAUCCCCAAGCAAGAUACAGUGACUCUUCAAACCAUUGUAUUCCCUUGGCUUCCUCAUGUAGGCCUCCGUUUAGAGGAAGUCAUUGGGGAUGCCAGAUGGAAAGUAAAGAACCUACUCUGUAGCUGGAUGGCGGGCGACGACAUUCCGAAGGAUCUCAUUGCUUGGAAAGACGUGUUCGAUUCGAGCGACUGGGAUAGCAUCCUGCUGAAAUAUAAGUUGGGUUCGACGCUGAGAAAUGACUUCCGUGUCUACCCACGAAAUCAACGAAUGGAACCGUUGCAACACGUCCUUCUGACCUGGAAAGAACUGUUUCGAAAUGCCAACAACGGAAGCACCGAGGGUAUCUAUUGCGAAGACAAGCCAUUCUUCUCUGUUCAGUUCCAUCCGGUGUCGACUCCUGGACCGCGCGACACCGAAUUCUUGUUUAACGUCUUUAUGAAAAACAUUGACUGCAUGACCACUAUCUCACUACCCGGCGGGAAGAAAGAGGACAAUGACAAAUGCGUUCCCCGUGCCAAUGUCACCAAAGCGAUCAAGGCAUUCGAGGAAGGGAUUUACAUGAUCAUGGUGAAUCCUAACGUCGCUACCAUUACUACGUCCAAAGGUCUGGCCGACAAGGUGUAUUUCCUCCCAAUCACGCCAGAGUUUGUCCGGAAAAUUAUCAAAUCAGCUCUGAACAUCGGUAUCAAGCUGAAGGAUGAAUUUGCGGAGCUUGGGGUGCAAGUGCUGGGAACGCCUAUCGACACGAUCAUCACAGAGGAUAGGCAGUUAUUCGCGAGUGCCGUGGCCGAGAUUGGGGAGAAUCGCCUUCUUAGUAGUGGCAUGAAGAGUGUUGGCGAGGUCAUGAGCAUCGGGCGGACAUUUGAAGAGACGGUUCAGAAGGCUAUUCGAGCUAACGAUGACCAGUUCUCAGGGUUUGCGAAGAAUGACUUUGUGGAAGAUAUCGACGAAGAGCUUGUCAAUCCAACAGAUAAUGUGGGUAUGGUGUUUCAACUUGCCGGAUACGAUCCCGACGCCGACCUAAAUGACCUCGAUGAUCCUCACCUGCGAGAGAGCCAUCUGAGGAGCGGUAAUUUGAGUGGAAAUAUUCCGGAAAUCGAUGAUGAGGAUGAUGAGGACCCAUAUCUUCGACUUGACGAGGAGCAGGCAAUGCAUUCGAGACAUGACUUGAGGCACCGGGAUCCACAGUCACGACCACUCAUCUCGUCGGAUCGUUUAUCAGACCGGUCAGAUUCGCCCCAGGGUUGGCUGACGCAUCAGGCGUCUCCGUUGAGGGAUCCUUCGCCUUCAUUGUCUGACUCGACAGACUUGAAGCCACCGGCAGAGUUUCUCGCUGCUACAUCUAAGAGUCGAUAA